AUGUCUAUUAGGAGACUGGCGCGUAUGUUUAUGGCAUUAGAAGAGCAAUCGCAUUAUCUAUCAGCCGCCAACACCGAGACGCACACCAUCGACAACAUUCACAAUAUCAUAGAACAGAUCUAUCAGGAUCUAAAUAAUUAUUCGGAGUGCCAAAUCCCAAUUGACGAAUCAAAUGCGGUAGACAUGAAACUUUUUCCUUUAAUACCACCACCUCCUGAAGUAGAAUCGUUUCAUGUUCCAAUAUCUACAGUUCAUUUGCAGCUGUUGCUGGAUGAGAAUUGGGAUCCAACGAUGGAGAAGAUUAUUCCAUAUAUUAACGGUAUCAAUUCUAUUCGAAGAAUUGCUGAUUUAGCCAAUGCUGAUUAUGAACUUACUAAGCAAUGUAUCCAACAUCUUGUCUAUUACCGUUGCCUCGUGAUCGUGGACAUUUUCCAGUUUUCCAACAUCUAUGCCCCGACAUCAGAUAUUUCUCAAUUCCUGACCGACCCCGAUAUGUUUCAGGAAUUCCAGGCCUAUGUUUACAGACCACCGUCUAAAAUGUCAUCGUCAUCUCUAAUGCUGUCUACCUCACAGAGUAAAUCUAGAUUAUCUGCUAGUCAUGGGAGUAGCCAGGCAUCCAGCGCACCAUUGCACUCUCCAGCUAGUGGCAAAUCUGUUCUUUCGACCUCGUCUUCCUCCACCUCAACUAUUCAAUCUAUAAAUGGUGUGAACGGUAUAUCUAGUCGUGUUCCUAAUCAAGCCUUGCCAUCGGGCCAACUUACAUCAACAGUACAGCCAUAUUUGAGCUCUAAUCCGCUUUCAAUUAUUCCCUGUUUCAACCUUUAUCGAUCCCUAAGUCAAGGUGUGACACUUUAUGAGUGGUAUAUAGACCAUCAGAAGCUUCUUCAGGAUAUUGAUGUCCGGCGAUUCGUUUCAUUCGGAGUUAUUAAAGGACUUAUUUACAGGGUACAUUCUUAUCCUAUUUACGAAUCCAGGCAUAGGCACCGUUUUAACCAUCAUACUGCUCUGUCGACAGUGGCAGCAUCGUCAACUGCCAUACCGCCUCCAGGAUCAGGAUCAGGAUCGGUGGCAGCAUCGACUGGGUCCUUUACAUCGGAUCGACGACUUAGUAGACAUGACUCUGAUAUCCGUCGCCCCAUCCAGCAACAGUCCAUGCGCAGUAAAAACGAAGAGUCUGUAAGCGAUGCUCAAAAUAUUGAAGAGAUGGUAGCCGAGAUAGUCAAGCAACCGCGACAUUUCGAUUCGAUAUGUACCGACUUACGCUUACCAAAACAACAGGUUGAGGCUAUUCUUCAAAAAAAAGGCGAUUGGACGGUUGUGAGUGCCUAA